GAAAGUCUAAUGUGAAUGCUUGUGCUUUUACGGGAGUUGAAGCACCCCAAUGUGAUUGCAUUGCAGAAGGUUUUCCUUUCUCACAGUGACAGAAAGGUUUGGCUGCUGUUUGAUUAUGCUGAGCAUGAUUUGUGGCAUAUUAUCAAGUUUCACCGUGCCUCAAAAGCAAAUAAAAAGCCCAUGCAGUUGCCAAGAUCUAUGGUUAAAUCCCUACUGUACCAGAUCCUCGAUGGAAUCCAUUACCUCCAUGCAAACUGGGUGCUUCACAGAGAUCUGAAACCAGCAAACAUUCUGGUAAUGGGUGAAGGUCCUGAAAGAGGAAGAGUCAAAAUAGCUGAUAUGGGUUUUGCAAGGUUGUUUAACUCGCCUUUGAAGCCAUUGGCAGACUUGGAUCCGGUUGUGGUGACAUUCUGGUACAGAGCUCCAGAGCUGUUACUUGGGGCCAGACAUUACACAAAGGCCAUAGAUAUUUGGGCAAUUGGCUGCAUAUUUGCUGAACUAUUGACUUCAGAACCUAUAUUUCACUGCCGCCAGGAGGACAUCAAAACAAGUAAUCCUUUUCAUCACGAUCAGCUAGACCGCAUUUUCAGUGUAAUGGGAUUCCCUGCAGAUAAAGACUGGGAAGACAUAAGGAAGAUGCCAGAAUAUCCAACUCUUCAGAAAGAUUUUAGAAGAACAACAUAUGCCAAUAGUAGCCUCAUAAAAUACAUGGAGAAACACAAAGUCAAGCCUGACAGCAAAGUUUUUCUUUUGCUUCAGAAGCUUCUUACUAUGGACCCUACAAAGAGAAUUACCUCAGAGCAGGCUUUGCAGGACCCCUACUUUCAAGAGGAUCCUCUGCCUACAUCAGAUGUGUUUGCUGGCUGUCAGAUUCCAUAUCCGAAAAGAGAAUUCCUCAAUGAAGAUGAACCUGAAGAGAAAGGGGAUAAGAACCAGCAGCAGCAGAACCAGCAUCAGCAGCAGGCAGCCCCGCAGCAGCAGGCGCAGGCCGCGCCGCAGCAGCCGCAGCCGCAGCAGCAGAGCAGCAGCCAGACCAACGGGACGGCGGCGGGCGCCGGGGCGGCCGCAGGGGCCGCGGCCGCGGGGCUGCAGCACAGCCAGGACUCCGGCCUCAACCAGGUGCCUCCCAACAAGAAACCACGCAUAGGGCCUUCAGGCGCUAACUCAGGCGGGCCUGUCAUGCCUUCAGAUUAUCAGCACUCCAGCUCGCGCCUGAGUUACCAAAGCAACAUUCAGGGAUCUUCUCAGUCCCAGAGUACAAUGGGCUAUUCCACGUCGUCUCAGCAGAGCUCUCAGUAUCACCAAUCUCAUCAGUCUCACAGGUACUGAGGGGCCUGACAGGCUGCACUCAGAAAGGAAUGGACUAGAAGCCAGAAGACUCCAGCAAUAUGAAGUUCAUAACGAUGAGAAGACCAAAAAUACAAACUUAUGAUGCAGAAUUAAAAUUCAUGAUGAUAAAAGGAAAACUUCACUUACUGAAGACUUCCUACAUCCCUGACCCAUCCCCAUCCCUUUAUUGCCAUAAAGGAGAUUCUUGUGAAGUUUUCCUUCUUCCCUGCCCUUGCAUGUGCUCCAUUGUGGUUACUCUAAUGAACCCUUCUGAUCUGAACCCAGCACUUAACUUCUUUAUCCUUUGGAAUUUUGAAGGAUUCCUGGUGCACCUUCCUUAUGCUGUAGUGAUUGCCAUAAAUCUGUCUUUUCAAUCUCUUUGAUGGGAUUUUAAAGUUUUAAAAUCUUGAACUCCCAGGCUUUCAAGCUUGUAUAUAGUUAGUUUUAUACUAGGCAAACCAGUUUAGCUAUACAGGUAUAUUGCACCUUUUUAAAGCACUAUGUUAUUUUCACAGGAUAUUACUGUUUUGCUCAUGGAUGUCAAGAACAGCAAAAUUUUACUGUUCCAGAGUAUUUUACUAUUCUGUUUUUAUUAGUCUAGUUUUCAGGCAAAGUAUUAAAAAGA